AUGUCCGGUGAAGCUCCGGCGAGGACAAACGUCACGACUGGCCUGGAUCUGACGGAGCGAGUGAUGCUGUCCACUCUGACCACGGUGUCCUGCGGCAUCUUCUUCUUCAUCAACGUGACCACGCUGUUCACUCUGAGGAGCAGGCGCGUGUUCUGCGAGACGUCGCGCUACGUGCUGCUCUACAACCUGCUGCUGGCGGACACGCUUCAGAUGUCCCUCGGUCAGGUCCUGUACCUGCUGUCCAUCUGCAGGGUCAUGCUGACGUUCCCUGUCUGCGGACUCAUGGUCAUGAUUGCCAACCUCACCAAUGAGGUGUCGCCGCUCACACUGGUGGCGAUGUCCCUGGAGAGGUACGUGGCUGUGUGCUUCCCGCUGAGACACGCCACCAUCGUCACCGCCAGGAACACGGUGGUGGCCGUGUUUGCGGUGUGGGCCGUGUGCUCGCUGAACGUCGUGACCCGCGUCCUCCUGCUGCUGCAGUUUCCCUUUGAAGAGCUGGGCUCUCUGCAGAUGAAGACCAUCUGCGGGACAAUGGUCAUGUUCCUUGGGCCAGCGUCCGACAUGUACGACCGAGCCUACACAUGCUUCCUGUUUGUGUCGGCGACAGUGGCCAUCAUCGCGUCAUACGUUGCCGUGGUGAUUGCGGCCAGGGCGGCGUCCUCGGCGGACGGCGCCUCAGCUCUGAAAGCCCGCAACACGCUGCUGCUGCACCUGGUCCAGCUGGGCCUCAGCCUCUCGUCUACGCUGCACAACUCGCUCCUCCUCCUCAUCUCCAGAGUCGUGACGACGGCGGUGCUCAUACGAAUCCUGAACGUGUUGUACGUGUUCAUCAUCGUGCUGCCGCGCUGUCUGAGCGCGCUCAUCUACGGACUCAGAGACCAGACCAUCAGACCCGUCCUCUUCCACCACCUCUGCUGCUGCUGCUCCUUAAAGAAAGUCCACAUCUCACCCUGA